UUUUUCUUUUCGCUUUAGAACACUUAAGCCGUCUCAUAUUAUUUUUCCCUUUUUCCUUGUUAUGUUAUAUAGUCUUCAAUUUUUAUUUUUUCCCCUCCUAUUUUGCUUUAAAUUUUUUCUUUUAUUUUACUUCUUUCUUAUGAUCCCCUUUAAUCUUGAUUGAAUUUGCUUGAAAAUAAUAAAGAAAAAAAAAAGGAAAAUUGGUUGGGAAAAUCAUGGGAUCAGAAUCUUCAGCUCAGUACAUCCACAUGGUACAACACCUAAUAGAAGAGUGCAUAUUAUUCAACAUGAGCAAAGAGGAAUGCGUGGAAGCUCUUUCACAACAUGCAAAUAUCAAGCCAGUUAUUACUUCUACAGUGUGGAAAGAGCUAGAGAAGGAGAACACUGAGUUUUUCGAAGCAUACGCAAAGAGAAGAGAAGAAAAGAGAAGAACAACUGUAUCAGAAACAUCGUCAUCGAGCGAGACAAGUCAAAGAAUCCCUAAUGUACUCUUGGAUUCAUCUAAAAAAUAUGGCAAUAAAUAAUCAUAUUAAUUAUAUUCAUAUAUAUAUAUGGUCAUUGUAAAAAAACACUAUAUAUUAUAAUUAAUAAAUUUAUAUAAUAGAUAUACUGUUGUUUCGUGACAUAUAUUCGAUUCGGAAAACGACCCGGACCACCGGUUACCCGGUGGGCUCCUCCACAUAUUGGCUGUUUUAGCUUUGUACAUAACUUUAUAAUAGUGUCAUAUGCGUAAUUGUAUGGAGGUCUAUGCCACAUACAUUGUAUUUGAACUAAAAGUCCUAAGUUUUUUUUUUAUUUUUAUUUUUU